AUGGAAGCCAAAAAAUGCUGGGUUACUCUUGCGACUGCGAAGUCAUACGUGCAGGGUGUUAUUUGUCUCGCUAAAUCUCUCAUGCGUGUAAAGACAAAGUUUCCCCUUCUCGUUCUAAUGCUGAAUCUUGAGGGUGGAGAAACUGAUAUUACUCGCGAAGAUUAUGAUGAGCUCAUUAAGCUCGGUUCUAGCUAUCAUUUUCAAUUUAUUUACAUAAAAGAGAUUAAUCGUGUUCGCUCUAACGCGACUCGGUAUAUCUGGGAACGCUUCAGGAACGUUUCGACUAAACUUCGUGUCUGGGAGGUCGAAGGCUAUGAUCUUGUAGGUCUCUUGGACGCAGAUAUGUGCAUUAUGCAUAAUAUGGACGAGCUUUUGGAGUUGGAUUUGGAUGACAACACUAUCGCUGCGUGUCACGCAUGUGUAUGUAAUCCGCUUAAAAUUAACAUGUACCCUGCGAAUUGGAUUCCAGAAAAUUGUGCAUACACAAAUGGACCAAUUCAUCCAGCUUCCGCUAGCCAAGCACCAAUUACUAAUUCUGAAAGUUAUUUCAACUCUGGACUGAUUAUAUUACGUCCUUCUAAAUCAAAAUUUAAUGAAAUACAUGACCAUCUUUUGAAUCAUGAAAACCCUGAUAGUUUACUUUUUGAGGACCAGGAUCUUCUUAAUGAAGUCUACAAAGGAAAUUGGAUAGGAUUGCCUUAUGUUUAUAAUGCUUUGAAGACAUUACGUAAAUGUCACCCAUUGAUAUGGUCAGACAAAAGUGUAAAGAAUGUUCAUUAUAUACUCGAUGAUAAGCCGUGGAAGGAGGAUAUCGAAAAGAUGAGGGCAAUGACAGUGGAUGAAAGGAGUGACAUUUGGAUCUUAAAUAAUUGGUGGUGGAAAGUAUAUAAAGAUGAAGAAUGGAAGGAUGAAGAUUUUGAAGAUGUUACAAAUUAG